AUGGGAACACCAAUGCAUCCAAACAAUAAACUUGAAAAAGAUGAUAAUGGCAAAGAAGUGGAUGAAACACGGUAUAGGGGAAUGAUUGGUUCAUUAAUGUAUCUUACCUCCUCUAGACUGGAUAUUAUUCAAAGUGUGGGUGUAUGUUCAAGAUUUCAAUCUCACCCAAAAGAAUCCCAUCUUUCGGCUGUUAAGCGCAUCAUUAGAUAUAUUAAGGGAACUUGUGAUUAUGGCUUGUGGUAUCCAAAAUCUGAUGAUUUUUGUGCAGUAGGGUUUUGUGAUGCAGAUUAUGCGGGAGAUAGAGUGGAUAGAAGGAGCACCUCCAGCAUGUGUUGCUUCCUUGGAAGCUCACUCAACAUGUGGUCAAGCAAAAAACAAGCCACAGUAGCUCUAUCCACAGUUGAAGCUGAAUACAUAUCUGCCUCUGCAUGUUGCUCACAAUUAAUUUGGUUAAAAACGCAGUUGGAAGAUUACAAAUUAAAAAUCAAUAGUAUACCAUUAUUUUGUGAUAACAUGAGUGCUAUAAAUAUUUCAAAAAAUCCUGUUUUACACUCAAGAACAAAGCACAUUGAAAUCAAAUAUCAUUUUAUUAGAGAACAUGUGCAAAAGGGUACUAUUGAUAUUCAAUUUGUAAAAUCUGAAGAUCAAAUUAUUGACAUUUUUGCAAAACCCCUCUGUGAAGAUAGAUUCUGUUCUCUGAGAAAGAGCUUGGGAAUGUUUGAUUUAAGUUUUGUUGAAAAUCUGUGA